AUGCAUAAAACUGAUCUGUUUAAUGAAGCGAAUUACGUAGCUGUUAAGUCAAAUAAAUUUACAUUUCGUAAAUAUGCCGCUGAUAGUAUUAAAGGAUUAAAAGAGCUCUUUACGUUCCAUCCACGAGAAUGGUGGUAUGGUAUAAAACCAAAUAAAAAUUAUCCAUUAUUUGUUCGUGGUGAUCUGGAUGGGCUUGUUGCUUUAUUUAUUGAUAAUUUGGCAACUUUAUUAGGCAUCAUAGUAAGUCUCUUACCCAUGUUGGGAAAUGAGAUCGUCUAUGGAAAAAUUGUACCAGGUUUAGGAUUGGCAAUGUUAUGGGGUAACUUAUAUUAUGUUUAUAUGGCACGAAAACUGGCAUUAAAAGAAAAUCGAAAUGAUGUUACAGCUCAGCCAUAUGGAAUCAAUACACCAGGUGCAUUUGCGUUUGUUUAUGGAAUAUUAUAUCCAGCGUAUUACAGCUGUCUGCAAGAGAAUCCUGACAUACAGAAGUGUCGAGAACUGGCGUGGUAUGUUGGUAUAGCGGGUAAUUUUAUUACGGGUGUUAUUUUAUUAGUUCUAAGCUUAUUUGGUGAAUUUAUCCGAAACAAAAUUCCAGGUGUAGCGCUUCUAUCCAGCCUAUCUGGCGUUGGACUUAUUUAUUUAGCACUUGGUAAAUUUUUAGAUAUAGCAGCUGUGCCUAUUGUUGGUUAUCUACCAUUUGCCAUCGUUAUUACGGGUUAUUUUGGUAAAGUUAAAUAUGGUCCAAUACCAGUAGGUAUAGUAGCAAUGCUAGCUGGAACGGCUUUAGGCUGGGCUACCUCGGUGAAUACGGGCGAAAAUGUUCGAAAUGCAGCUAAAUUAGUUCAAUGGUAUCCACCUGUAUUUCCUGUUGGAAAUAUGUUUCAAAAUAUGGCAAAGAUAAGCCCAUACAUUUCAACGACUAUUUCAACGGCAGUAUCAAUUGCGGUUGGGACAAUUCAGUGUGUUGAAUCUGCUAGAAGAGCGGGAGAUUUUUAUCCAACUCGUGAAUCUAUGUUUGCAGACGGCGUUGGUACACUGAUUUCUGGAUUGUUUGGUUCGAUUUUUGGUAUGACUGCUUAUAUUGGGCAUCCAGCGUAUAAGAGGAUGGGAGCAAAGCAAGGUUACUCGCUAGUGAAUGCUUUGAUUUUUGUACCAUUAUGUUUUCUUGGAUUAACAGCGCCUAUCCUAUCUGUAAUUGCUGUUGUUUCAAUUAAUCCACUCAUCGUUUUCGUUGGUGUGAUUAUUUGCGCAAACACAUUAGAAAUAACACCUGUACGCCAUUAUCCAGCACUUCUUAUUGGCAUUUUACCCGUAGUCGCUGAAUGGGGACAAGGCACAAUUGUGAGUGGUAUUAGCUCGGCGUAUCAGUCAGUUGCUAAUCAAUCAUUCACAAAUGAAAUAAAAGCGGGAAUAACCGGUUAUGACUACAAUGGCUUGGUUAAUUUUGGCGGUGGUGCACUUCUACAAUGUAUUUUUCUAACUGUGAUUAUGAUGUAUAUGAUUGAUCGGAAAUGGUUGUCGGCCGUGCUUUGGUGUGUAUUAGCUGCGGUGUUUGCAUUUUUUGGUUUAAUUAAUUCAAGUGCCGUGGGAGUGUUAUACAGAGAAAAGGAAGAUACAGGUUGGAAAUUUACAACAGCAUUUGGCAUGUUAGCAGUUUUAUUUCUCCUGUUUGAGUUUCUGCAACGGAAAGCUUGGAUGGAAAAGCCAGAAAGUGAGCCAGACGACCUUUCAUCUCCGGAAUGGACCGAAUGGAAGAAACUUCAAGAACAACAAAAUGCGACCGUUGUCAACAACGAUCAACACAUUGAACUCAAAGAAAUAAUGCAAUCAAAUUUGUCAUCUUCUCUAGUCGACAGUUCAGCAGUGAAACAAGAUGAUGUGUUACACACUGUAUUUUAG